UUGUCGAUUUCUAACAAUGCGUAGAUCUAGUAGUUUGCCUCUUCAGCCUCCAACAUAUGGGAAUCUAAUCACCAUACUCAGUAUAGAUGGAGGUGGCAUUAGAGGGAUUAUCCCCGGAACCAUCCUUGCCUUCCUAGAGUCCGAACUUCAGAACCUGGAUGGAGAGUCUGCAGUGAUAGCAGACUACUUCGAUGUAAUUGCUGGAACGAGCACAGGAGGUCUCAUUGCCACCAUGCUGACAAGCCCGAAUGGGGACAGCCGCCCCCUCUUUGCUGCAAAAGACAUCAACCAGUUCUACCUGGAUCACUGUCCUAGGAUCUUCCCACAGGACAGCCACCAAUUUGUUCCAGUCGCCAACAUGAUUAAAGCCGUGUGUGGACCGAAAUACAAUGGGAAGUAUCUGCAUAUGAUCCUCAAGGAAAUUCUAGGAAGCACGAGGUUGCACGAAACACUGACUAACGUUGUCAUCCCAACAUUUGACAUCAAGCGUCUCCAGCCAACCAUAUUCUCCAGCUACGAGGUAAAGAAAAACCCGAGCAUCAAUGCCUUCCUCUCGGAUAUCUGCAUCUCAACAUCUGCUGCCCCAUCGUAUCUCCCAGCACAUUACUUUGAAACGGAAGACUUACCGGGCAAAGUCAGAGAAUUCAAUAUGAUUGAUGGUGGUGUUGCAGCAAACAAUCCAACGCUGGUGGCUAUGGGAGAAGUGACAAAGGAAAUAAUGGGAGGAAGCUCGGACUUCUUUGCCAUAAAGCCACUGGACUAUCGAAGGUUUCUCGUGAUUUCCUUAGGGACUGGCGCGCCAAAAUAUCAAGAGAAGUACAGUGCAGACGAAGCAGCUAAAUGGGGUGUCUUCGGUUGGUUAGCUGGUGGCGGCAGCACUCCAUUGGUCGAUGUUUCCAUGCAAUCAAGCUCCGAUAUGGUCGAUUUCCACCUCUCUGCACUCUUCCGGGCCGUCCACAUCGAAGAAAAUUACCUCCGUAUUUGUAUGGUUAGUUUUGCAGUUGGCUUAGACAAUAUGCCUAGUAACGAAGGCCUGAAUCCCCAUUUAAUUGAACAUCUCAAUUUUCAUAACUCGGCUACUGUGGUAAAGCAGUCGAUCUCUCUAGACAAGCCAACACGCAUGGAACAUAUCUCUAUAUGUCGGACUAGCCUUAAGGUAGCGUUACAUUGCCACACACUGCACGUGGUCAACCUUCCAAGAGAUGAUCAAAGGUAAGUCAUUCACAUCCGGUCCAAAGCAAAUCCAUAAGAAACUUCAUAUGGCCUAACAAGUUGCCCCAUUUGGGGGAUUUCAAAGAGAAAUUAAGUAUAUCUAAUGUUCCUCGUGUCGCUGUAAAAUCAAUUUGUGAUUCAAAGGAAAGGGUA